UCUGCCCUUUAUGUUAGGUAUAAGAUGUAUAUAUAUAGCUACUUCAAGAUCAACUAAGCAAGUAUCAGCCUUCGUGCAAAAAAAAAUAAAAAUAAAAAAUAAGCAAGCAUCAGCCUAGUACAAGUUCACAACUAUGGAUCUCUUAUCUCUCCAGUCUGUCCUUCUCCUUGUCCUCUCUCUCAUUACCCUCUACCUUCAAUACUACUUGUCCUUGAAAAAACGACAAACCAAAACAGGCUUCAAAAUCUACCCCAUCGUCGGGACCCUACCGGGAUUCGUCGCCAACCGCAACCGGUACCUGGAAUGGAGCACCAAAGUCCUCGCUGGCUGCCCCUCCUAUACAACUACCUUCAGCCGUCCGUACAAGUUAAACGGCAUUCUCACGGCGAAUCCGUCGAACGUGGAGCACAUGCUCAAGACCAACUUCGAUAACUACCCAAAAGGAGAGCGAUUCAUCACCAAUCUCUCCGAACUCCUCGGCGACGGAAUUUUCAACGCCGAUGGCGAGCUGUGGAGGAAGCAAAGGAAGACAGCUAGCUACGAGUUCAACACCAGGUCCCUUAGAAACUUCGUCAUGCGAAACGUCGUCGUCGAAAUUCAGACGAGGCUUGUUCCGCUUCUACACAAAGCCUCAGACACAAAUCAGGUAUUAGAUUUGCAAGAUAUUCUGGAGAGAUUCGCCUUUGAUAACGUUUGCAAGUUGGCCUUUAAUUUCGAUCCGGCUUGUCUCGCCUUCGAUCGAACUUCCGGCGCCGGCAAAGAGUUCAUGAAGGCUUUCGAAGAAGCGGCGACGCUUAGCUGUGGAAGGUUCUUCUACGCUAUACCUUCUAUGUGGAAGCUCAAGAGAUUCUUCAACGUUGGAUCAGAGCGACGGCUAAGAGAAUCUAUAUCCGCCGUCCAUAAAUUUACGGACGGUAUCAUACGGUCGAGAAUGGAAACGAAGGUAGAAGCGAACGCGGAGGAUUUGCUUUCCCGGUUCAUAGAGAACGACGAGAACUCGGCGGAGUUUCUCCGAGACAUCGCGAUUAGCUUCAUCCUCGCGGGGCGAGAUACGACGUCGUCGGCUCUGACAUGGUUCUUUUGGCUCUUAUCGUCAAGACCGGACGUAAAAGCAAAGAUCUUGGAAGAGCUCGAAGAAAUUCGGACAAGAACCGGGAAAAAAACCGGCGAUACAUACGACAUUGAGGAUAUCCGAGACAUGCAUUAUUUGCAAGCGGCGAUAUCGGAGUCCAUGAGGCUUUACCCGCCGGUACCGAUAGAUUCAAAGGUGUGUUUGAAAGAGGAUGUAAUGCCUGACGGGACAUUUGUGGGGAAACAUUGGGUAGUCGUGUAUAAUUCCUACGCAAUGGGGAGAAUGGAGGGCAUUUGGGGAAAAGACUGCCGAGAGUAUUGGCCGGAGCGGUGGCUCGAAGGCGGCGUGUGCCGGCAAGAGAGCCCGUUUAGGUUUCCGGUGUUUCAUGGCGGGCCUAGGAUGUGCCUAGGAAAGGACAUGGCUUAUAUUCAGAUGAAGUCGAUUGUAGCAUCUUUGAUUGAGAGGUUUGAGAUUGACGUAUUGGAUAAGGACACGUGUCCGGAGUAUGUUAUGGCUCUUACACUCAGGAUGAAGGGUGGGCUACAUGUUAGGGUAAGGAAAAGUUUACUGGGUCAUGAGUACUAGUAAUACUGGUUUUCUUUUUUCGUGUCAAUUGGUUCUGUGUAAUAAUGCAUAUCAUAAAGAGUUUUGAUAAUUUAUGAACAUGACGAAUAUGCAUGGCAUCUUCUUGAUUUAGCAGACGAUCUUAGAAAUGCUGCUUUUGAAGGAUAAUUUGGUUUACAGACACGCACUUUAAUUUGA